ACGAAACCAAUACAAAGAUAAAACUCAUAGCAAACUGUGGGGGAAAAAAGAGAGACAAACCGACGACAAAGGGUUUACUAUCUUCAAAUGGCCAACAAAGCUACCUUCCAUCUACUCAUGAUCUUCUGCUUAACUCUAUCUCAGUUUUUUUUCUUCUUCCCUACCAAUGCUUCGAGAUUUGGGAGUUUGAUGGAGAGGCCUGAUCAAGUUUUCCUACCUCAACAAGAUACAAUACUGGACGUGAAGAAGGACGUAGAGGAAAGGGUGACGAUGGACUUAAAUGAUUAUCCAGGCUCCGGUGCCAACAACCGGCACUUGCCACGUGGAAGAGGAUGCAUCGAUUGCUGAUAAAAUUUAAAGAAGAAUAAUAACGUGAUACAAAAAAAAAAACUGAUUACCGUCGGAAAUCCUGACGGAAAAAAACUUAAUUAUAAUCGAUAAUUUAUGUAGCUUACGUCUGAAUUAGUGUUUACUGACUAUUAAUCCAGUUAGUUAACAUCGAGGUA